AUGAACCAGCUUCCACAGGAACUGGUCGAUCGCAUCAGUAGUUAUCUCUCUCGCGAUGACCUCAAGAACACGCUAUUACUGUCUCACGCAUUCCGCUUUCCCGCCGAAAAAUACUCUGGGGCGUUCACAAGCUUCGACCUGAAAGAGAAGACCACCGACAAGUUCAUCGACACUUUCUCUAGCCAUCGGCUCCAGUACUUGCGCGAUGUGAAGUUCGAAAUUAUCCUCCCUUCACAAGACGAGGAGGAUCGCGACAACGCGGAACAACUGAGCAAACAUGACCAGAGCUUCACUCAGCAAAUCAUGUUCUUAUUCAAGACUGUCAAAACUGUCGAAGAACGUGCAGGGCCCAACAAUGGACCUGGAACAGUCCGGCUCGAAAUUGGCUCUCCUAGGAGAAAGAUAUCUUGGGGAACUUCGCUCUCGAUCCAUCAUCAUCUGAGCUGGCGCGUCCAUUUGUUGGAACCCGACGCACUGCCGUCACUUGAAUCGGUUCGUUCCCUGGGGGUAGGAGGUGAAUGGUACAGGGAAAGCUCAGGACAGGACUUCAAUUGGGGGCAUGUGAAGAUGGACUACCGUGUGAUGGUCGACCUCGUCGUAAAGCUGCCGAAUCUCGACUACUGGGGCUGCCAAAUUGGAGGGGAUGAAUGGUCCCCGAAGACCGAACAAGAAGCGGCAAAAUAUUUCACGCAAGAUUGGGCUGGACCACGCCGGGAUACCAGACAAGAUUUCGCAAAAGCUCUGAUGGCUGCGCGUUUGCCUGAAUCACUUCGGCGCGUUCGCCUCGAUUUCCUUUUUUCCAUGCACGAUAUCACGAAUAUCGACCAUCUCACCGCACAACCUGAUAUGGUAAGCCCAGCGGGUAGCGACCUGUUCAGCACCGGCCUAAACCACCUCUCGCAUCAUCUCCGACGGCUUCACUUGCGCGUAGUCGCGGACGAAACGCUGUUCAUGCCCAAGGACAACUGCACCUCUUCUUGGCCGAAUCUGGAAAGUUUCGUCGUCAUGUUCCACAUGGUGAGCCCGUCGGGACAAUGGUAUUUUGUCGGACCAAACGGCGAAGGUCGCAACACGGCUGCAACCAAAGUCACUGAUGCUUCAUACCCUCCCUUGAAGACAACCGACUAUGACAGAGACAUGGACCACAUUAUUACGUUCGAGGGAGACCGACGCUCAGAGGGCAUCGUUCAGAACUUCCACGUCCGCGUCGUGCCGAAUGAGACUACACUACGCCCAUUCCUUGCCGCUUUUGCCAAGGCAGCGUCGAACAUGCGGGCCCUCCAAGAAGCGGUGCUCUGGUGCCCUCUUUCGUGGGAGCCGGGUGUAGACGAAGACGGCGAAGAAAACAUCCCUAUGCCCGACUGUGUAAAUGUGGGAUACGAACCGAGCUCACUCGCCUGGGGAGUGAAUUACGUGGCGCCAGGCGAGCCUCGCUAUAAUGAAGAACCAGACAACUUUAGUGUACAAGUUCCACAUCUAUGGUGGAAAGUCGGCACGUGGCGUCCGGAUGCUGAGCUUCAUGAGCUUUUUCGCCAGAUUGGACGUGUGCCGUGGGGUGAUGGCCUGCAAGAGCGCUGGGACGAUGUGCUCAAUGGAGAGCGAUACGUAGACCGCGAGCAUUUUGAGGAAUGUGUGCAGGAGAAAGUUGAUAGAUCCUACCGGUGGGAACGGCAGCAGUCUUAG